GAUCUGAAAGAUCGCAGGCGCGAAACGGGCACGGUACGACAGAAAGGUCACACAUCCCGUCCUCCUCCAGCGACGAUUGAAGAUGGAGGGCGGUCUCAACGAUGCGGGCUACGUCGCUGCGUGGAGAUACGUGGCCGACAUGCCGGGCGCGGCGACUCUCGUCGCGUGCGUCUCCUUUGGGUUGCUCGUGUACCUUGUGACGUCGACGGUCACCAACUUUGUCGGCGCCACGCUACAGGGGCUCGUCACGGACAUCGGGCUGCCCGCCGACGUGGCCGGCGUGACCCUUUUGAGCUGGCACAACGCACUGCCCGACGUCCUGCUUGUCGUCGUGGCCGUCUCGCAGGGCGCGCCGGCGACGGGCCUUGUGCUCGUCCUCGGCAGUUGCCUUCUCACGACCACAGUCACGGUGGCGACGGCGAAUCUGGCGGCCGAGACGCACCAGACGGUGGACCCAAUCCGGUUCUCGCGCGACGUGGGCUUUUACCUCGCCGCGCUGCUGUACGUCGCCAGCCUCGUCCUCUACGGAGCGGUGCGCCUUUCGUAUGCGGAGCAUUGUAUGAGCCACGAGGCGUAG